UUCCCUAUAAAAGGACCCAUCUGUCUAAGACUUGAAUUUGAGCGGCAACAGCGUGAAGAACUUGAAAAAUUAGAAAGUAAAAGGAAACUCAUAGAAGAAAUGGAAGAAAAGCAAAAGUCAGAUAAGGCCGAACUGGAGCGGAUGCAGCAGGAGGUGGAGACUCAGCGCAAGGAGACGGAGAUUGUCCAGCUCCAGAUCCGCAAGCAGGAGGAGAGCCUCAAGCGCCGCAGCUUCCACAUUGAGAGCAAGCUGAAGGAUUUGCUCGCCGAGAAGGAAAAGUUUGAAGAGGAAAGGCUGAGGGAGCAGCAGGAAAUCGAGCUGCAGAAGAAGAAGCAAGAGGAGGAGAGCUUUCUCCGAGUCAAAGAAGAGCUCCAGCGGCUGCAAGAACUCAACAACAACGAGAAGGCCGAGAAGCUCCAGAUAUUUCAAGAGCUGGAUCGGCUCAAAAGGGAGAAGGAUGAGCAGUACGCCAAGCUCGAACUGGAGAAGAAAAGGCUGGAGGAGCAGGAGAAGGAGCAGGUCAUGCUUGUGGUGCAUCUGGAAGAGCAGCUGCGCGAGAAGCAGGAGAUGAUCCGGCUCCUCCGGCGAGGCGAAGUGCAGCGGGUGGAGGAGGAGAAGAAGGACCUGGAAGGUAUCUGGGAGUCCCUGCUGCGGGUGAAGGAGGCCCGGGCCGAAGGGGAUGAGGAUGGUGAGGAGUUAGAGAGGGCUCAGCUGCAUUUCUUAGAGUUCAAGAGAAGGCAGCUGGUCAAGCUAGCUAACUUGGAGAAAGACCUGGUUCAGCAGAAGGACCUCCUGAAAAAAGAAGUUGAGGAAGAACAGGAGCUCCUGGAGCGUUUAAAAUCUGCAAAUGAAGAAGAUGGUAGAUUGUUGGAGAACAAUGAUGAUAGCGUCACAGAUGUCACCCUGGUGGCUCAAAAUUUAGAGAAAAUAAAGCCGGCGGAAUACAGGCUGCAGUAUAAAGAACGCCAGCUCCAGUACCUCCUGCAGAAUCAUUUGCCGACCCUGUUGGAGGAGAAGCAGAGAGCGUUUGAAAUCCUUGACAGAGGUCCUCUCGGCUUAGAUAACACUCUGUAUCAAGUGGAAAAAGAAAUGGAAGAGAAAGAAGAACAGCUUGCACAGUACCAGGCCAAUGCGAGCCAGCUGCAGAAGCUCCAAGCCACCUUUGAAUUCACUGCCAACAUUGCACGUCAGGAGGAAAAAGUGAGGAAGAAGGAGAAGGAGAUUCUCGAGUCCCGGGAGAAGCAGCAGAGGGAGGCGCUGGAGCGGGCCGUGGCCAGGCUGGAGAGGCGGCAUUCGGCCCUGCAGAGGCGCUCCACCCUGGGCCUGGAGAUCGAGGAGCAGAGGCAGAAGCUGGCCACGCUGAACAGCAGCAGCAGUGAGCAGUCGGGGCUCCGGGCCAGCCUGGAAGCCGAGCAGGAAGCCCUGGAGAAGGACAGGGAGAGAUUAGAGCAUGAAAUCCAACAGUUGAAGCAGAAGAUCUGUGAGGUUGAUGGUGUUCAAAAAGGGCAUCGUGGGACCUUGGAGGGAAAAGCUGCUUCUUCCAGCUUGCCACCCAGUGCUGAAAAGUCUCACCUGGUCCCUCUGAUGGAUGCCAGGAUCAGCGCUUACAUUGAAGAAGAAGUCCAAAGACGACUUCAGGACUUACAUCGCGUGAUUGGUGAGGAUAGCAGUGCAUCUGCCGAUGUGGUGAAGGAUAAUGAGAAACUCCACAAUGGCACCGUUCAACGUAAGCUAAAAUAUGAGCGGAUGGUUUCUCGCUCUUUGGGAGCAAAUCCAGACGACCUGAAGGACCCAAUUAAAAUUAGUAUUCCACGCUAUGUGCUGUGUGGGCAAGGGAAGGACGAGCACUUCGAGUUUGAGAUCAAGAUUACUGUCCUAGAUGAGACAUGGACCGUAUUCAGGCGCUACAGUCGUUUUCGAGAAAUGCAUAAAACAUUGAAGUUAAAGUAUGCAGAGCUUGCUCCCCUUGAGUUCCCUCCAAAGAAACUAUUUGGAAACAAGGAUGAACGUGUGAUUGCUGAGAGGCGGAGUCACUUAGAGAAAUACCUCAGGGACUUUUUCAGCGUGAUGCUCCAAUCCACGACGUCCCCCCUGCACAUCAACAAGGUGGGGCUGACCCUUUCCAAACACACCAUCUGUGAGUUCUCGCCGUUCUUCAAGAAGGGAGUCUUUGACUACAGCAGCCACGGGACGGGGUAGAGCUGGGGGUGGGGGGGAUGGAGGAACCACCAAUGCAGUGCCUUCUCGUCGAAGGGGCCCUCCCGGCGCAGGGCGGCCUCCCACACUUGGUCCGAGCCCACCUCCUCCGGUGGCACCCAGGCCGCCUCGCCAGGGCCUACUGAGUUCCUGAACCUGGGACUGGCAUGGUUCACUUUGCUGACGGGGACCCCAAUGGGCAGCUAUUGCUGGCCCAUUGCCGUUGAAUGUGGCCUUUUCCCCAUAGUGCUUCCUUCUCGUCACAGCGGAGUCUGCCCCAGAAUGGACGUGGCUGGGUUGUCUCAGGCUCUCUGAGCCCUGCUGGCCCAGGACCUCCCCAAGUGAGCGGGCGGCUCACCAGACCUCCCUUAAAUGACUGUCAUCUGGUUUCCUCUUCCACCAAAAUAUAUAUCUUAUUUUUUUAUAUUCCUCCCAUGUGGCUGGCUACAUCCCAAGAGAAGCAUUUUAAAUGAUUUCAUUGUAUUUUUUUUUCUUUUUCCCUCAUUUGAGUCAGAACUUUUGUACAAUACCUAACCACCGAUGUUUACACAGAAUUUCAUAUUCUGCAAAAGGGAAUUUUGGUCCAAUCAUGCCUGGAAUCUUCCAUGCUUGACAAAUUGGAUGUAGGUGACAUCACUUAAGACUUCUAUAAAUCCAUACAGAUAGGAUAUUUGUUUAAUCUUGAAUAUUUGAGGAAAUUUCCCAAAUGUAAAUGGCUACUGUGCAUUCUUGAGCUUUCUCCGCUAAGCACAAAACAAGCGCAUAGCUGAAUGCCUAUUUUUAAAUUUUUUUUUUCACAUUUUUUGUUACAGAAUCUACUGGAUCUUUGGCUGAAAGACUAGAAUUUACAGUAGUUUAUUAAUGAUCCCUUAAAUUACUCAGGACUUAAUGUAGCAUUGCACAUCUAUGUACAGUAAAACUGCUGUUUUACUAAAGAGAAAAAUGGGAGUAGACAAAAUAUAAAUGUCAUAUAUAUGGAAAUGUAUAUAAUUCUACCUAUAGAUUUAUAUAUGUACACACGCCUGUACCAUAGUUGUAUCAAAAUAUAUAAUCGUUCACACCAAAUUUAUUAAAGGUAUUUGCUUUUUCAAAAUUUAAA